GACCUGAAAAGGGAUAUUUUGAAAACUUUAUGGAAUACACGAAAAUGAUAGGUACCUGAUAAAUAAAAAUUUGCGAGCACGCAGCGCAAGCAGCAAAUGUUGAUAUAAUUAUUCAGACCAUAAAACUGACAUUUUUACAGAGCACUUAAAAAAAAUCAAUUUGUAAAUCACACAAAAUAAUGAAAGUUCAAUUUCCGAGGUGAAAUAUGUUUUGUACAUUGACUUCCAAACUUGAUAUUUGAGCUCCAUAUUGAACAAGAUAUGUAAAUCACCUAACAGGCAAUGCGAGCGCGAAGCGCGAGCGAAAAUUUUAUAUAGUGGCACGAAAGAUUCUUUUUAUUUUCCAAGUCUUCCCCUAAUCUUGUUUUAUGCACUCGUCGUCCUUCUCUUCCUUUUCUCCUCUCUUUUCCCUCCUUUUUUCCUUUUUCAUUCUUUCUUUCCCUUUUUUUUCUUUUUUUGCUCCGCCAAUAGGGGGGGGGGGGGGGGGCCUCGGCCUCCCCUGGAUCCGCCUAUGGGGACAAGGGGCGGGAAAAUUUGACAAGCAAAAAAAAGGUUAUCAUCCCAAAAGUACGGUCAUCUCGUCCCAACUCGUCCCAAAAUACAUGUUUUAUUUUAUUUCUUACCAUGAAAGACAAAAAAUAGUAGGGGGGCAUUUGAUAUUGUAUCCCCCUACUAUUUUGAGUAGGGGGGCUGUCCCCCCUGGGAUUUCCGCCCAUGUCUCUAUCUAAAUUUUUGUUCAAGUGGAGACGAUGGGAGAGCCCAGUUAUUUUAAUGAACAAAAUGAUAUGCAAUAUACAGAAAAUUCGUUAAAACCAAUUCAAAUUUUAGCGAAAGUUUCAAGAUUCUUUUCAGUUUGAUAUUGCAGUAAUAUUCAUACAUGCAUUUAUAUCAUGUUUAUAACGAUCGUAUAUACAAAAUCAACCUCAUAACGGGCGACGAUGCUCGCGUUUCAAUGUUAUUUUUCUCCAUUCAUUGAUUUUUUUUAAACUUUCUUCAUUUUGUCAAAGUGAAAACAUCUAUAUUCUCAAUAAAUCAUGAUACAUUGUAUCACGUUGCACGACCAUUCAACAUUUGUUGUGGAUAUAGAAAUCGAUAAUACUACACACAUCGAUCUGUAUACUGCGCAUGUAAGUUUGUGUCAGGGAGAGGGGAAAGCGGGGGUGGGUGGAUAAGCAUGAUAAGGGAAAGAGAGGGGGAGAGGGAGAGAGAGAGGGAGUAGGCUUAUGCAACAAAGAUUCAAUCGUGCAGAUAUGAUUGAUUCAUCGGACUUGUUUUACGUUUUGAAGGUUUUCAUUUUUUGCCUAUCAUAAAAUAUGCGAGGGAUCCACAAACUUGACAAAACCGCUUUGAAAAAAGACAUUUAUUAAUGAGACAUAAUUAUAUGGAUGUUUAACGCUUUGCAUUUUUUUCUUUCGGAAUAAUCAGCGAAGACGUCCUAUAUAGAUGGCUUAAAAUAGGAAUCACAAUGCGACCAUAAAAAAACAAAUUAUAAGAAAGUACUACAACAACCAAUUUUAUUUUUAUGAUAGCUUUACAUUCAGAAUAAUCAUAUUUGAUUCAUAAAUAUCCUCCUUAUAUCAUUUAUUUAGUAUUCUUUUUUCUUUUUUCUAAUAAGUGUUUCAAUUUCAGAUGAUUUAUGAAUAUGUCUCGUAUAGGGCAUAUUUUCUUUCCUAUAACAUCAUUUCAGACGAUUCCUACAAUUUCAUAUUUUCAAACGUCAUUAAAAUUAUUUAGCACAUACGAGUGAUGGCAAAACGAAUUUUCUCGUCUAUACGAUGCAACACCGGCACCAUUCUAUCUGUAGUGAUUUUUAAACACUUUUUUGUAUCAUCCCAAUAAAGAUAUAACCUUUUCGAAAUUUUAGACUCCCAUGAUAGUCAUGAUAGUUAAGAGACGUUACAUAUUUUAACAUUAAUUUUGAAGUGAAACGCAUCCAUUUCAUUUAAGGAAAUAACAAAAAUAAUUUGAAGUGUUUCGUUUGUUUGAUUUCCAAUUACAUUCACAAAUGACUGAGAUACUCGCAGAGCGAUUGCAUUCAUUUCACCUGUAUACCAAAGUGGGAGAGAUAAACAGAUCCAGGCAUGGGUAAACAUCAGGGUCUCUCAUGUGGUUGGUACUAAUCGCAUCCGGGUAUCGCUAGUGAGGGUUGCUACGUGUUCCCAACGCAAACAAAUUUCACACACAUUGUCUGAACAAAUAAGUUGGGCGCUCUGUCGCGAAGGAACGCCAUUUACGGAAGCGACGCCACUCGGAUCGAACUGACCAAACAUCUGUUCGGGGACUUACUCUCGUAGCUAUCAGCACUUAACUUUCACUUAACUUGAAAUAUCACUUGAAUACCAAAAAUGGCCCAAGUAGCACCACAAGCACAACCUGCAGGAGCACCACCUGCUUAUCCUCCUCCUGAACAGGCUCCACCACCACAGCCAGGUUAUGGAUAUCCUACUCCUCAACAGGCUCCACCACCUCAGCCAGGUUAUGGAUAUCCUCCUCCACCUCAGAAUAACAACAUGAUGAUGAACAACACCGUGGUCGUUGCCGCACCCGCCCCAGCCCCAUCUAACAACGUCGUCAUCAUCAACCAGAAGAAGGAUAACUGCUGCAGACAAGCCAUCCCCGCCCUCCACAUCGCCGCUGCCGUCAUCUGUCUCAUAUUCAACAUUUUCUUCCCCGGCAUCGGUACGAUAAUCGCUGGUUUUGCUGUAUUCUGCUGUGGUAACCCUGGACAGGAUGAAGGAAGCAAAGUCGGAACCAUGUGCAUCAACUUCUGGGUAGGGUUACUUCAAAUUGGAACCGUCUGGUUUUUCUUCCUUGGUUGGAUCUGGUCCAUCAUGUGGGGUGCUGCUUUCAUCGGCAUGUCAGCUGACUACCACUCUGGCGGAGAUACAACAAUCGUAGCUACCGGUGGAGGCGGAACCACGGUCAUCAACAACUAAACUCCUCCUCCGAGAAUAGGCAAUAACGAACAUUGUGUCUUAAAAUGUUGAUCCUGCACCAACGAGAUCUUCAACUUGGACAUUAAACUGCACUUAGAUAUUUCGAUGCUAUCGAUAUAAACUCAUGUACAGCAAAGGCGUGUCCCAUGAAUUUCAUGCAUGUUUAGAUCUUGAUUACGGAAAAUUCAACGAGACACCUAAGAUCUGCACCUUCCCCCAAACACCAGAAACUCGUGUGUGAUGCUGAAUUUCCGCGAAAUUCGAGAUUAUAGUAUUUAUGAUAGGAAUUGUUUUUUGAGAAUUUCGCGAAGGUUCGACUUCUACCCUCAAAAAUGGUUGCAUUAGGUGACAUAAUGCGAUUUUGCUGAGAUUUCUGGUUUAAAAGUAAAGCUAAUAAAUUCAAGAGUUGUCAGAGUAUUGAGCUGAAAGCGAUAUUAUAUAAAUCGAAAACAUUCCAUACUUUUUGUCAUAGGGUAUUUAUGGUAUUCCUUUAAUUGAUCUCUACACAAAUCCGAAUAUAGAAUAAAUCUCAGUUAUUCCUUUGAUUAUGCUCACAUGAUUGGAUGAGGCUGGAUAAUUUCGCUCAUUUUUUUGUGUAAAUCUUGUAAAUAUUCAGGUUUUAUUGGGUGGUGUAUUUUUACCAAAACAUGAUGACACUGAGUUUGGUAUAGUCACGCAAUUCUGUUUCACCUUGAUAUUUCUAUGUGGCUGUGGAAUGUUACCUAACAACUAAACCGAUUUUGAAGAAAUGUGUUUUUAUAUCGUGUACCAGUUAAUUUUAUUGUUUAAUCAAGAUAUGCCGUCCAGUCUAUAAUGUUUAUUGUCGUUAAGAACAGUCCGAAUGGUACAGCAAGAUUGGCUGACAGGGAUUUUUUUGUAAUUCUCACACGUCUUUCAUUGUAUAGUUAUGGCGAAUAAUGUUUUAUAUGUAAAUAUCAAUCAUAUGUUGAAAAUAAAAAGAUUAUCUCUUUGUA